CCGCCCUCCCCCUCUCUGCCCUUCCGCGUUGGCGCAGCGCUGCCCCGGUAUAAAGCGGGGCCGCCGCCCGGCCCGCUCCGGCCCCAUGGAGAUGCUGCGGUGGCUGCGCGGUGGGAGGCCGGUCUGGAGUGCGAGUGAAGGCCAAGAGACAGCUGAGGGUAGCCAUGAGUGCGGGCAGCUUGUCCUCCCUGCUGGGCUGCCCCGGCUGGCGUGAGGCGUUCCCAGUGUUCAGACAGCAGUUCAGUCGGCUGGAGGAGAGGAUGAGCUCCAGAGAUCCAUGUGAGAGUGGUUACCUCAGCCUGGGCCGGGCUCUGAGCUGUGAGGAGGGGGUUGGGCCUGCUGUGCUGGGCAUGGAGCCCGUGGGGAGCCCCGCACAGGAGCCCCCCGACAGCCUUGAGAUGCAGCUGAAGGUGGACUUCUUCCGCAAGCUGGGCUACUCCUCCGAGGAGAUCUACGUUGUACUCCAGAAGCUUGGUCUGAAUGCUGAUACCAACACUGUCCUCGGGGAGCUGGUGAAGCAUGGCCCGGCUGAGCGAGAGCCCACAGAAACCCCUCAGGAGACCAAGGAAGCUCCUUUGGUCCCUCGAGGAGGAGCUGCCAACAAGACUCCUGCACCUGUGCCACCUCUGGAGGAGAAGGAGAGUGAUAACCUGAAGCCCAUUGUUAUUGAUGGAAGCAACGUGGCAAUGAGCCAUGGAAAUAAAGAGGUGUUCUCCUGCAGAGGAAUCCUUCUGGCUGUGCAGUGGUUUUGGGACAGGGGACACAAGGAUAUUACAGUGUUUGUGCCAUCUUGGAGGAAGGAACAGCCACGACCAGAUGUACUUAUAACAGAUCAGUACAUUCUCCGUGACCUGGAAAAGAAGAAGAUUUUGGUCUUCACUCCUUCCAGACGGGUUGGGGGCAAACGUGUUGUCUGCUACGAUGAUCGAUUCAUUGUGAAACUGGCACACGAGUCUGAUGGCAUCGUGGUUUCUAAUGAUACUUAUCGGGACCUGCAGAAUGAACGUCCUGAGUGGAAGAAAUUCAUUGAGGAGCGUCUGCUGAUGUAUUCCUUUGUUAAUGACAAGUUUAUGCCUCCAGAUGAUCCAUUGGGGCGGCAUGGCCCCAGCCUGGAUAACUUUCUGAGAAAGAAACCUGUGGUGCCAGAACACAAGAAGCAGCAGUGCCCUUAUGGGAAGAAAUGUACUUAUGGAAUUAAGUGUAAAUUCUACCACCCUGAAAGGAUCAAUCAACCCCAGCGCUCAUUAGCUGAUGAACUCCGUGCCAAUGCAAGAUUGUCUCCUACCAGAAGUACCAGUGCUGUCAAGGAGGAGAAAAAGGGCAAAAGAGGCUCCCAGGCAGAGCUCUUGUGCUCUGGGUCUACAGAGAGUGAUAAAAGCUCUUUGCAGAAGAUCUCUGCAGAGAGGAAAAGCUUGACACAUAAAACAAAGCCCAAUGAUGUUCCGCUUCAGAUCAAAGGCUGUGUGUCAGGCAGUGCUCCUGCUAACAGUGGGAGCCACAGGUCCUCUGAAAGGUACCAGCAUCCUCAUAUGGACUCUCUGUCUUACAUCUCUCAGGAGCAUCUUGACUCAGGCAUUGGGUCUCUGGAGAACCAAAUGUCUGACAUGUGGCCUUACAGAUCUACCAGUCACUGUGAUCACUCCCAUGCCGAGCAGGUGACAGUCUGCUCCUGUGGUAGGCAGAGACCUGUCUACCCACACUCUCCCAGCUUAGAGCAAAACGGUCUGGUCUCUUACAAGCAUGGUUCCCAUAAAUCUUCUGCCUCUGGUGCUAGCUUCUUGCAGUACAACCCUGAGAUACCUCACUCAGGGCCACCUCACUCUUUCUCAGGCUAUGGGGUACCUGUCCAUCCAGCUAAUGCUGGGCAGUACAGUCUCCCCAGUGAGUACAAUGCCCCUUCUCUUCCUUCACUUCAUUCUCGUGAGUACUGGUCUGAGCCCUACCAGAUGCCUCCUCCCCAGGUGAGAUCUACCAGCGUGCGAGAUCCUCACUCAGUGCAGAGAGCCCCAGGGCCAACGUAUGGUGAUUCCUGCCAGUGGAGUGUCUCUGAUCAGUUUGCAGAGGAGAGGGCCAAUGUUCAUGUCAAGCUGUGUGGCAUAUUCCAUCCCCAUUUAGUUGAUGCUGUGAUGAGCCGUUUCCCUCAGCUUUUGGAUCCCCAAAAGCUUGCCGCAGAGAUAUUAACCUACAAAUCCCAGAACCCAGGUAUAUGAAGCAGAUGCCAAGGGUAGCCAGCAUGCUAAGCUUGUGGGCAGUGUUUGCACUCUGUAGCUGCCAUUCGAGGGCUCCUCUUUGUUCCCUGCAAGUCCCAGCUGGAGGCUGGAUACCAGAUGUGGCAUGUUCACAGCGAUUUCUGGUCUGGUCAUGACUGUGUCCCUCUUAAAGAUGUGAGAGUAGGUUAUGGUCCCUGUCAUCCUCAAAGGAUGCUGAAGAGAAUCUAGGUGCAGGACAGGAGAAAAGGCUGCUGUUUCAGAGCAGAUCUUUCCUAUGGGAUUUACAUGGUGAGUUAGGCACACCCUAAAUUCCUGCAGUUCAAAACUGUGUAUGGCCUCGUUCCUCCCGCUAGCUCAAGCUUUGUUUUGGCUUGGAUUGUUAGCAGGCAUACAGAGGGAGGAUUCUGUGGGGCUUGUGAAACAAAAACAUGUAUGUGAAACAUACGAUCUCUAGUUGUGUGAGGCUCAUUUCUGAGGACUGAAAUGUGUUGUCGAGGCUGUUCCUAGCUCUUUGCUAAGUUAUCAAUCCAACGUGAAGUUAGGUUUAGCUGUCUUAGAUUUGACUUUAUUGGUGCACUUGUUUAGUGAUACCCCUCCCACUUCAGCUCGCCUCCCUGAGCUGAGGCAGUUCUAUGAUAUACACCACAAGUGCUCAGCAAGCUGCUCAGCUCCUAGAAGCACUGGGGGCUAGGAAUAGAAUUCAUCCUGAGAAAGGAAGGAAGACCCGACGCUGCUCCGAAGCCGCAGUGAGCUGUGUUUGCUGGAGAAGGCAGUCAGUUGUCAGGAUGUGGAUGGCCGUGCUGUUGAGGCUUCUCUACAGAUUGUCCUUGCCUGGUAUCCUAUCUUUGGCUAUCUGUGUAACACUGACAAAGAGGAUUUAUGAUACAGUGCCUUUUGUCUUCAGACAGCAAUAGUUUUGAGCAUUCAGUAAAACAGCUGCUGCCAAUACUGUUCCUGAGGACUCCUUAAUACUUUUCAAAGCUGUUGCUUCGUCUUCCUUCUCACUGAUAUUUUCCUGUCCCCUUCAGCUUUGUCAGACUGUAACAGCAUCCAAAAAUGUAGAAUGAGACUUACUUGGUAAGGCUGUUCCCCUUUCGUUCCUUCUUCCUCUAAGAAGUUGUGUGGUUUUGUUUUUUUAAUUGUAGAUACUGUAAUAGAUUUUAAAUAUGCAAAAAAAAAAAACCGAUUGCUGUAGUAAUUGGUUCUGGUCCUGGAAUUUCACUGUGUUACGGUGCAGGGAUGUUUCCUGCACUGCAGGCCAGAAGCAGUUGAUUUGUUGAUGCACAUUGUAUCUGUGUUUUGUGUGUUGGGUUUUUUUUAAGUACGUCCAUCUCGUGGUUAAACCAAGGCUGUCGAGUGGCAGAUCAUCAAGGGGAGAGUGGAAUACAGUGGAAAGCUGAGGAAUGGUUUUGUCUAUUACCCACCUUCCCUCUGUCCAAGGAGUGACCUACCCAAACAGGCACCAUGUGCCAUAAAAACCACAGGGACACAGAAACCUGUAUACCUGGUUAAUGAUGAUACAUUACAAAUUAGUAAUGUUUCAUGUUAGUAAGCAAAAUGCUUCUUAAUUUUAAGUAACCUGAUACUGCGCGUAUUUGUAAAUUACAGGAAAAAGAAAAGAAAUGGUUUUUAAUGUUAUUGUCCAACAACUUGAUGCUUGAUGCUGUUGUUCAUUAGUGCUAUCCUUGACUCAGCCACUGUGUUACUUGGCGUGGUGUGUUUUGUUUUCCUGGCAGAGUGCUGAUAGACUCCUGCAGUCGGAAGGCUAACGAUUCCUGCUCCGAAGCUGACGUGUUACUGAACUUUGUGUAUCAUUAUGCAGUGUGUAGGUUAUGUACUGAGUGGAGGCAGCUGUGUGGAAGCUGUGGCGAAGUAAGAACCCGUGUUAUAUAAAUAAAUACUGCUGAGUUGAA